CAGCCCCACAGUGUGGUCCAGCGGCGCCUGGUGGAGGGCAAUCUGAGCAAGCUGCGAGGCCAGCCCAGGGCUCAGUCUGCAGGGGUUCAGUCUCCGCUGGCACAGCACCAGGAGGAAAAGGUGAAAAAGGGAGAGGACAGGAGAAAAGAGACUUCAGCCCUGCUAAUACGGUGCCAGUGCCAAGGUCAGGUAUUGAAAGCGACUAUUAACACUGGGUGUCUACCAAAUCUCAUCUCCAAGAGCUGUGUAAACCAGCUGGGGCUGGAAGAAGUGUGUGCCAUGGACCAUGGAGACCUCUCUCCCCCCGUGCCCAGUGUUGUUGGACAAGUAGAAGAGCUGGAGCUGCAGUUUGGCCAGGAGACAGUGCUGUGUUCAGCACUGGUUGUAGAUGAUGAAAUGCUGGAGUUUUGCAUUGGUCUCCAGACUCUGCUGUCUCUCAAGAGCUGCAUCGACCUGGAGGAAGGAGUCCUGAGAUUUAAAGCACUGAGUCAAGAGCUGCCUUUUCUACACGCCUCUGAGGAGCCUGGUCAGUGA